GAAAAAUUGCGUUUGCAGUACCUUUCCACGCCUUCCCAAAGUAGAUCUUGGCAAUAAACGCAAAAGCUUUGACCUGGUUCAUCAUCAUCUGUGAAUCAAACCGCACUUGCGAGCUUGGUCCGUUUCUUCGUCCGAAAAUUAUGCAGCAUCUUGACUGGCAUGAUGUUGACGACGGCAAUGCCAAUGCCACGACGGGGAGGUGCUGGGGUGCCGCAUCCUCUUCAACUUCGCGCACAAGGUCACCUUUUGACGACACAGUACAGGAGAAGAUCUGCCCCCGCCACGACCCGCUCGAAGACAGUGGCGCAGGGCGAAAUUACCAUGAAGGAGCCCCGAGGUGGACUCUUUUUCUCGCCGACGCAACGCGCCGAUGCGAGCAAGCCAGUGCUUGUUCCAGCAGCACUGACAUUUGUAGAAUUUUUGCGAGGAAGGGGAAGCGAAGGUGCGCCGGUGGCGGUGAAGCUCCUGUCUGUUCUAAGCAAAACAAACGCUCGGGAGGCCACAAGAACGGGCGGGGCUAUAGGCGUGCGAAGGCUUGGAUUUUCCGCGAUCGAGACAGCGCAGGACAUUGCCGGAACAGGCCGGAAAACUACAAGCAACAGAAUGACUGCUAGUUGUGCAGCAGGAAGAGUGUCAGCCUCUUGCUUUUCGUCCGCCGCACACAACACGACCCGACAGUCGACAUAUCACCAACACCCCCCUCCGCGAGGGGUUUUGGUGAAGCAGCGAAAUCUUGUGCCUUUGAAAGAAAUGGACAUUCCCGCGCUGUUCGACGCUUUGGCGCACGUCGAAAAUCUGUCCGAGACCGCGUUUACGAAGUUCCAACUGCGGGCGGCUACCUUGUUACCACACUUCUCCGCUGUGGAACUCGCCAAGCUGCUUUUUCUCUUUGCGGCGAAGGGACCUGACGUUGUUGUGCCGCAGGCUAGGACAAGAACCCUGCUGCCGCCGGCGAGACGAGAAAGUGACGGCGGGCAGGAGCCAGAAACAAAUUCAAAUUUUCGAGAUGAAAACCCGAUGUGCAGUAACUCUCUCACUUCUCAUAUGUUGGACAAUGAUCCAGAUGAAUGCGCUCGUAAGCUAUUCUCAUCUGGAGCUCCACAUGCACAACUAGGGCCAAAGACAGGACGCCGGCCGCGACAAGCGCCACCAAUUAAACAAAUGACGCCCAGCAGCACCAGCAGCUUCUUUACUGAAGAGCUGUCUCUCUUUUUCCAAGACAAGUCGAAGUUUCCGAGGGUGAACGACGCCGUGGUUCUGUUGAAAGGAGUUACCAGGUUUCUAGUGCACAGUUCUAGCCUGAACGGGAACGACCGGAUAAAUAUGAAUGGUACAACAUCGACGGCGACACACGAGCACGACAGAAGUACCCGCACGCCACCAAGAAAUAUUGACCUGCAGCCGCUGUUCGAUCAGAUUGGGAACCAGUUGGAGCACGUGACCGCGCACGACGCUUGCGAAAUUUUGUCCAGUUGCUGCCAGCUGGUCGGUAGUUCUUUGGGAUCGGCGUCCUCGUCGUCUUCAACACAGGAAAACGUACUACAAAUCGACGAGCUUUUGAUUCGCGCUAUUGUGGAGCACGUUGUGCUCUUGCAACAAGAACACAAGACGCCCUUGUCUCCAUCAUGCCCUGACUUGGUGAACCGAUUGGCAACUGCAGUUUUGGCCUUGGGUCGAAGUCCGACGCGCAGCUGUACGAAUACAACUGAAGAAGUACUAGAACCUCAUCUCUCGAAAGAUAAGAUGCUGCUGCCGUCGCAUUUGCUGCAAAACUUUUUCCGAGUGAUUGUGCUGGAAAUAGGAGCUGCAAGCGGCCGCGACGCUCGCGGUUCUUUACGAAGUGGCCGUGCUGGAAGAGCUGCGGGGUACGGGCACUACAUGGCCCCUUCCGUCUGUUGUGAUCGUCUCGCCCUACUGGCAGCCUAUGUGGCGCAUUUAGGUCGUCGACGAAAAAGUCUUGUUCAACUACAUGGGAACAGACAGGUGGAUGAAGAUGACCAUGACCUCGACAACCUAAAAAAAGCAGAAGAGGUUCAUCAAUUUCUACCAGAAUUUUUCCAACAGAUCGAGCAGCACCAAUUACCCGCUCUUUCCUACCACUUGGGCGCCUCUGCGGUUCAUCUGGACGCCGAGAACAUGGUAUGCGCGUUUGAGGAUUUGGUAGCGCUAAUUUCGUUCUUGAAAGAGAACUACUCUAUGUGGGACCGAUGUGAAGCUGAAGCUGAAGGCUCAUGUUCUGAAGAUUCCUCGUCAACAUCUGACAGACUCGGCAAUGGCUGCGCGUCUUCUGUGCGAAAGACAGUUUCACUGCAACCAGCACCUGAAGAUCUUUAUGCCGCUCCUGCUCUUCAACUUCAUCGUCAUCCUGGAGACGAUGAUAAACGCGUCACAUCUGUUUCAUCGCCACCGUUGCACGCAGAACAGGAUGGAAUCUUGGAACUAGGACUUGUGCAGGACGACAGGAAAGAAGAAAAACCCAGCUGCGUCAGGAAUGAAUUGGGAGAAACAUUGCCACCACCGGCAGAAGGAGCUUAUGUUGCACAGGUGGAGUUGGAAAGCGAAACCCGUUGUAGCUCCACUACUCGUUUCCAUCAUCUUUUCGGUGUCUGCAACAAGAACCUGCUUCCGUUCUUUUCCGCAGCAAUGCGCCGCGUGCUGCAGACCAUGGAAGACGACUUGGCUCGGAGGCUUUACGAUGCGGUAAGCAACUGGAGAGAAAUGGAGACACUGACAACUACAUCAGGAGCGGUAGAAGUUCCGAAGAUUUAUUCCAGCGGGGGAAAUCGAAGUGACACAAGCAACUCGAGAAGAGCUGGCCCUGGCCGCAACUCAGAUUGUGGGGCCGCGGCCAGUGUGGCCAACUACUACAUAGAAGAUAUCAAAAGAGGCGCGCCGGCGCGAGUGAUGAAUUUACGCGACCGGCUCCUAGCUGCUUUGGAUGAAGAAUUGGAACAGCGAAAGAACGCGAUCGCGUCGAGCACGAGAAGGAGCACCCAGUACGAAAUUUAGCUGCAUAAGAGAAGAACAAGAAUCACCUAAUCGAAGAAAUAUCCAUCGUACCAUCGGAAAUGAAAAUCUUUUCGUAUAUCGAUGGCUUUUCCACAUGGC